AUGUAUUCAAUACACGUAAAAGUUAAUAUAAUUUUUUCUCAUAAGAAAAAAAACUACAUUGCCGUGAUGUUCUUCAGCUCUGAUCACCCUAAACACGAAUUUGAAGAAUCUCAGCAGUGCAUAUCUAGAGGUGCAAUUUGCUAUCUUUGUAAAAACAAGUUUUCUUUGGUGGAGGAGUCGUCAAACGCCUUUUAUUGUUGUCAAGGAUGUGGAUCCAGUUUCCACAAGGAUUGUCUCACGGUAACUUAUCCAAAGUGCCAUGAGCAUACACUAACCUUCAUUCGUCGGAAGAUUCCCUUCCCUUGUGAUGUUUGUGGGCAAGAGUUUCCCGAUGAGAUGUACGGAUGUUUACAGUGCGAUUUCUUUGUAAAUAGACAUUGUAUAUACCUACCAAAGGUUAUAAAGAUCACACGUCACUCGCACCGUCUCUCUCACGUUCUCCGCAUGUCUGAUGGCGACAAAGUUUGUGGAAUUUGUCGGUCUCUAGUUGAUGUUGGGUAUGGAGGAUAUUCUUGUAUUGACAAGACAUGCAAUUAUUUUGCACAUUUUGAUUGUAUUAUUCGCCUCAAUGUGUGGGAUGGCAAAGACGUUGAAGGAGAAGAGGUUGCUGCCUCUGAAGUUGAUGAUGUUGCGCCCUUGUUGUUGGUGGAGGAUAUAGAUGGAGAAUCAACAUGGCGUCAUUUUAGCCAUGACCAUGACCUAUUGAGAGUAGUGGAAGAGCAAGAAAGUGAGGAGUUAUGUCAAGCAUGCAUACUUCCCACUUAUAAAACCGGUAAGUUCUUGCGUUGCAAGGAGUGCGACUUUGCUCUCCACGAAACGUGCGCCAGUCUUCCUCGGAAGAUGGAGCACGGGUUACAUGUCCAUCCCCUAACUCUACAUGUCGAAACCGGGGAUGGAUUCUUCAUUUGUUCUGUGUGCAAUCAAUACUCUUGUGGACUCAUGUCGUACAAAUGCAACCAAAAAGAUUGUGGAUUCAAAAUGGACGUAAGGCAACGUUCAAGGUUCACAGCAACAUGUGUCCAAGGCAGCAUCGACUUUGACUUCAAAUGCCUGAAUUUACCAGGACAGGUGGAAUACAAGUGUGACGACCAUCCACUCACCUUAUACUAUGAUCAUGAAGGUCAUAGCAGUGGGUGGUGUGAGAUAUGUGAAGAAAUUAUAGAGAAAAGACGAAUUAUCUACACCUGCCGCCAUUGCUUCACCACUCUACAUGUUGACUGCAUCUUAGGGAAAUACCCUUAUUUGAAAUGUGGCAAUAGGAUCAAAGUGAAUGGCUUCGAGGUUAAGAUUUCUUCAAACGAUGGUGCUUCUCGCCCCAUUUGUCAAACCUGUCACCGUAUUUGCCAAGACAAACAGGUUUUCAAUGGAAAAGAUCAAGUAUGCUUCUGUUCUAUCAAGUGUAUUCCUUCCCAAGCUUGUUCUUAGAAUCGGAAUAAAAUGUCUAAAAUAAUGAUCGAUUAUAAUAAUAUCGCGUGGAGUAAAUAAAAUUAUGUUUAUGCUAGGACAUGGCAAAACCAGUUUAAUGAUAUGUAAUAAUUCUCCUUGUAAUCAUAUGUAACAAAAAUAAAAUAAAAAAUCUCCUUGUUAAUAAA